UAAGCAGAUAGGUAGUGGCAAGGUAAAAAAGAUCCAACUGCCAGUGUCCAAAACCCAAGCUGAUCUCAAUGUCCUUAUCCCUGAUUUCCUUCUCCCCGAUUCAACACGCUUUCCCAAAAGCUUUUUUUCACGAUCGGAUCAAAGAGAUUCGAAAACGUUUUUAUCCCAACUCUCCAAAUUUCUCUCCAAGCUCAGCUCUGCUCAACUAAUGGGUUUUAUAUUUUGUUUGUUACUCUCAACUUUCCUACGGCAAUCUUGGGCCCUGGAGACUCCUUCUGGUAUAGAGUUGGAGUCCUUGACUCAAGAGUUGUUGGAAUCUGCGAGAAAACCUGUGUUUUUUGAAUGGAUGAGAGAGGUUAGAAGGAAAAUUCAUGAGUACCCUGAGCUGGGAUUUGAAGAACAAAAGACCAGUCAAGUCAUCAGGACAGAGUUAGACUCGCUUGGAAUCAGCUACAAAUGGCCUGUUGCUAAAACUGGGGUGGUUGCCACUAUUGGGUCUGGUGCUAAACCAGUUUUCUCUCUCAGAGCUGACAUGGAUGGCCUCCCUAUUAAGGAAUUAGUAGAGUGGGAGCAUAAGAGCAAGGUUGAUGGUAAGAUGCAUGCUUGUGGUCAUGAUUCUCAUGUAGCAAUGGUACUUGGAGCAGCCAAGCUACUUCAGGCCAAAAGAGAUGAAUUAAAGGGAACGGUAAAGCUAGUUUUCCAGCCAGGGGAAGAGGGUUAUGCUGGUGCUUACCAUAUGUUACAAGAUGGUUCUCUGGAUGAUAUAGAUGCCAUCUUUGCUUUACAUGUUUUACCAGCAUAUCCUAGUGGCAUCCUUUCUUCAAGGCCUGGAGCAAUGACUUCUGGAGCUGGGCUCUUUUCAGCCAUAAUUCAAGGAAAAGGUGGACAUGCGGCACUCCCCCAUCUCAAUAGGGACCCAAUUGUUGCAGCAUCUUUUGCCAUUGUUGCUCUCCAGCAGAUUGUCUCCCGGGAGACAGAUCCUCUUGAGGCUAGAGUAGUGACAGUGGGGUUCAUUGAGGGAGGUAAUGUAGAAAACGUGAUCCCGGAGUCGGUUAGAUUUGGCGGAACAUUCAGAAGCUUGACUAAUGAAGGUCUCUCCUACCUCCAGAAAAGGAUUAAAGAGGUCAUAGAAAUGCAAGCCGCUGUGCACCAAUGUACUGCGACAUUAGACUUUCUGGAGGACGUCCCAUUGCCUUAUCCAGUUUUAAGUAAUGAUGAAGCAUUGUAUGAACAUGCAAAGAAGGUUGGUGAGACCUUAGUUGGAGAAGCUAAUAUGCACCUCCAUCCAGUAAUUACUGGUGCAGAAGACUUCAGUUUCUUCUCACUAAAGACUAAGGCUGCGAUGUUUGGACUUGGGAUAAGGAAUGAGACCUUGAAAUCAGAUCAAGCAUUGCACUCACCAUACUUUUUUCUUGAUGAAUCAGCUCUACCUAUUGGAGCAGCAUUUCAUGCUGCUGUUGCAGUUUCAUACUUGGAUAGCCAUGUUGUAAUUCAGGAGGUUUUGACAUAAGUGUAGAUUUAAAAAGAUUGCUUCCUGUAUGUAGCAAAUUGCAGGAAAAUAUGCAUUUUUGCAUUGUUUGACGAUUUUUGGAGGCUAUUUUAGCGAUUAUGGAGAAAGAAUAAGGAGGAGAAUAAACUUAAUAUAAAUCAACUUAGGCUGAACCUAUUGGAGCAGCUUUUCAUGCUGCUGUUGCAGUUUCAUACUUGAAUAGUCAUGUUAUAAUUCA